GCAGCAUGAAACAGAAAGUAUAACACGCGCUGACAGAGCAGUAAUGCAACACGCAAGAACCAGCAGCACCAGAGCAAAGGUCUUUUCUGAACUAACCCUUUUCCUGUUCAGAGGGCGGCUUCAGUCGGAGCAAAUCAAUGAUUUCCCCAAACAGAGAUUUGUCCUAGACCAACCCAGAUUCCCCAGGAAUGGAUUCAAGUCAAACUGACAAGAAGAGAGCAACUUCACCUACACAGAGCACUGUGUCUGCGCAGAGUUACGGGUCCAAGGAUGAACCACUAAACUUCAGGAAUGCAGAACAAAGUGGACCUAACAAGCAGAGACCAACUUCACCUACACAGAGCACUGUGUCUGCGCAGAGUUCCAGGUCCAAGGAUGAACCACUGAACUUCAGGAAUGCAGAACAAAGUGGACCUAACAAGCAGAGACCAACUUCACCUACACAGAGCACUGUGUCUGCGCAGAGUUCCAGGUCCAAGGAUGAACCACUGAACUUCAGGAAUCCAGAACAAAGUGGACCUAACAAGCAGAGACCAACUUCACCUACACAGAGCACUGUGUCUGCGCAGAGUUCCAGGUCCAAGGAUGAACCACUGAACUUCAGGAAUGCAGAACAAAGUGGACCUAACAAGCAGAGACCAACUUCACCUACACAGAGCACUGUGUCUGUGCAGAGUUCCAGGUCCAAGGAUGAACCACUGAACUUCAGGAAUGCAGAACAAAGUGAACCUAACAAGCAGAGACCAACUUCACCUACACAGAGCACUGUGUCUGCGCAGAGUUCCAGGUCCAAGGAUGAACCACUAAACUUCAGGAAUGCAGAACAAAGUGGACCUAACAAGCAGAGACUAACUUCACCUACACAGAGCACUGUGUCUGCGCAGAGUUCCAGGUCCAAGGAUGAACCACUGAACUUCAGGAAUCCAGAACAAAGUGGACCUAACAAGCAGAGACCAACUUCGCCUACACAGAGCACUGUGUCUGCACAGAGUUCCAGGUCCAAGGAUGAACCACUAAACUUCAGGAAUGCAGAACAAAGUGAACCUAACAAGCAGAGACCAACUUCACCUACACAGAGCACUGUGUCUGCGCAGAGUUCCAGGUCCAAGGAUGAACCACUAAACUUCAGGAAUGCAGAACAAAGUGGACCUAACAAGCAGAGACCAACUUCACUUACACAGAGCACUGUGUCUGCGCAGAGUUCCAGGUCCAAGGAUGAACCACUGAACUUCAGGAAUCCAGAACAAAGUGGACCUAACAAGCAGAGACCAACUUCGCCUACACAGAGCACUGUGUCUGCACAGAGUUCCAGGUCCAAGGAUGAACCACUAAACUUCAGGAAUGCAGAACAAAGUGGACCUAACAAGCAGAGACCAACUUCACCUACACAGAGCACUGUGUCUGCGCAGAGUUCCAGGUCCAAGGAUGAACCACUGAACUUCAGGAAUCCAGAACAAAGUGGACUUAACAAGCAGAGACCAACUUCGCCUACACAGAGCACUGUGUCUGCACAGAGUUCCAGGUCCAAGGCUGAACCACUAAACUUCAGGAAUGCAGAACAAAGUGGACCUAACAAGCAGAGACCAACUUCACCUACACAGAGCACUGUGUCUGCGCAGAGUUCCAGGUCCAAGGAUGAACCACUGAACUUCAGGAAUGCACAACAAAGUGGACCUAAAAAGCAGAGACCAACUUCGCCGACACAGAGCACUGUGUCUGCACCGAAUUCCCGGUCCAAUAGAGUUCGGGCCAAUGCGACAUUACGUGAAAUAAUCAAUGCAACAAAGUCAGAGAUCCAUGGUAAACCUAAACUUAAAGACACCGGGAGGAAAAAGGUCUUGUCACUAUACAAGACUGAAGUGGAUCAGGUGCAGACGGACACAGAACUCUACAAGACUGAUAAAAACAAAGAACCUGAGGGGGAACUGAUAAAAUCCUACAAGGAUUUAUUUGCCGACUCAAACAAUGCUGUCCGAACGGUGCUUACAAGAGGGGUGGCAGGAAUUGGUAAAACAUUUCAGUCAAAGUUGUUCAUGGUUGAAUGGGCAAACCAAAAAUCCAACAAAGACAUCGACAUCAUACUCCCACUUCAGUUUGAUGAGAUGAAUGUCCGACGAGAAGCUCAAAGCAUGGAAGAUCUGCUCAAUAAUUUCUUCAGUGAUGCCAAAGGACCAAGAUUUUCUAUUUAUGAUGAGUGCAAAGUAGCUUUCGUCCUGGAUGGUUUGGAAAACUGUGAACUUCCUCUGAACUUCAAGAACAGUGAUGUUAAAGAUAUCAAGGAGAAAGUAUCAAUGGAUGUGCUGCUAACUAACCUCAUCAAAGGAAACCUGCUUCCCAAAGCACUUCUCUGGAUCAUCUCUCAACCCUCAGGAGUUCAGAAGAUUCCUUCUGAAUAUAUCAGUAAAAUUACAGAAUGUCGAGAAACCAAGGAACGUCGGAAGAAGCUGGCAUUAAAACUCAAAAAAAGAGUUGUAAAGGAAAACAAACACAUCGCACUGAAGGACGAAGUCAAUCACCCUAAUCAGAAAAACACAGAGCAUAUCAUCAGAGGAAAACCUAAUGAUGAGGGCACAGAGAAUGGGAAACAUGAAACAACUCAGUUAAAAUCCUUAACUCGAGUGAAGGAUCCGGCUGAAAUCUUUAAAGAUGAAAAUGAGAAGAAAAUCAGAACUGUUUUGACCAUUGGAGAAGCAGAUGUUGGAAAAUCCUACCUUAUGCAAAAAUUUAUUACUGCAUGGUGCAAAAGUGACAGCCAGCGUUCGUACUUUUCUCCUUUUUUAAGUUGGUUGAGCCAAGCUGAAACAAAUGAAGACAUUUUGUUUCAUUUUGAUUUCCUAAAAUUCAAUGCAGUAAAAAAAGAAAAAUUCAGUUUGGUGGGACUUCUUAACCACUUCUUUGCUGAAACCAAGCAUUGUGUCAUUUCCGAUUAUACCAAAUUCAACAUUGUAUUUGUCUUGGAUGGUCUGGAGGCUUUUCAACCUCCUCUGAACUUUGACAACAAUGAGAUCUUGACUGAUGUCCGAGAGCCAGCCUCUGUGGAUGUGUUAUUGACAAACCUCAUCAGAGGAAACCUGCUCCCAUCAGCCAAAGUCUGGAUAACCUCCCGAUCUUCAGCUGAUGAAAAGCGCCCUGACAUUUUUGACAGGUUAACAGAAAUAAGGGAGAAGCCUGAUAUUACAAGUCACAAAAAGCUCAAAAUUCAACUGAAGGAGCGUUUUACCCACGUAUGCGAAGGGAUCGAUCAGCAGAAAAUAUCUGUGCUUCUUAAUGAGAUCUACACAGACCUGUACAUCAUAGAGGGGGAGAGAGGAGAUGUUAAUACUCAGCAUGAGAUCAAACAGGUACAAGAUGCAAAGUUCAAACCAGCAAAAGAAGAAAAAUCCAUCAAAUAUUGUGACAUUUUCAGACUAGACUCUGAUAAUAAACCCAUUAAAACAGUGCUGACAAUCGGCGUGGCUGGCAUAGGAAAAACGUUUGCUUCAGUGAAGUACAUACUGGACUGGGCUGAGAGUGUCACCAAUGGAGAUUAUUAUUACAUAUUUCCACUUCCUUUUCGAGAGCUGAAUCUGAGAAAAGAGGAAGAACACAGUUUUGAAGAUCUUCUUCAUCAGUUCUUCCCAGCUAUGAAGACCUCAGAAAUUACUGACUAUGACAAGUACAAGAUUCUAAUCAUUCUGGAUGGUUUCGAUGAAUGUCGCCUUGAUCUUAAGUUCAAUGAAAAUGAUAUUUGGAAAGAUGUGAAGAAGCCAAAGUCAGUCAGUGUUCUGCUAAGUAAUCUCAUUCAGGGGCAUCUGCUCCCUGAAGCUCAAAUCUGGAUCACCUCUCGACCAGCAGCAUCCAACAGCAUCCCUGCUGAGACAGUUGACCGAUUGACAGAAGUGAGGGGAUUCAAUGAUGAGCAAAAGGAAGAGUAUUUCAGGAAGAGGUACAGUGAUAAGGAGCUGGCUGAAAACAUCUGGUCAAAUGUAAAAAAAUCGAGGAGCAUUUACAUCAUGUGUCAUAUCCCUCUUUUCUGCUGGAUAACAUCAAAGGUUAUGGAGGACUUUAACCAGCAAAAUGAAGAGAUCAAAGAGCUGCCAAAGACUCUGACUGAUAUGUACACACAUUUCCUCCUGCUGCAGUGCAGACAGGCUAACGUGAAGUAUGACACAGAAGAAGACGAGAGUUCUCAGUCAUGCUGGAAUACAAGAAAUAAAGAAACCGUUUUAUCUCUGGGGAAACUGGCCUUUGAGGCACUAGAAAGAGGAGACCUUCUCUUCACUGAAGAAAACCUGACAGAUUACGGUAUUGAUGUCACAAAAGCUGUGGUCUUCUCUGGGUUGUUCACCCAGAUAAAACGAGAAGAACAUGGAGUGUACCAACACAAACUGUUCUGCUUUGUCCAUUUAAGCAUUCAAGAGUUCUUGGCAGCCCUUUACGUUUCUCAUUCAUUCAGUUGCAACGGUGAUUAUCUGUUCAUCGAUCAUAGAACAGCCGACUCAGACCUGCCUGCCUCAGAGUUUUAUAAGGAGGCGGUGGAUAAGGCUACAGCAAGUGAACAUGGUAGAUGGGACCUGUUCCUUCGAUUCCUGCUUGGCCUCUUUGUGAAAACCAAUCAGGAUCUACUUCAGGAGCUCAUUAAAAGACCUGAAACUUAUGAGAUGAAUUAUAAGGAAACAGUUGAGUACAUCAAAACCAAGACCAAAGAAGACACCAGUGAUCCAGAUGAAAACUUAAAUCUUUUCCACUGCCUGAACGAGCUGAAUGACCACUCUCUUGUUAACGAGAUUAAAACGUCAAUCCAAUCAGAAAAAAAGGAAUAUGAACAAUUCACUCACUCACAGUGGUCAGCUCUGACUUUUGUGUUGUUGACAUCAGAUGAAACGCUUGAAGUGUUUGAUCUUAAGAAGUACCUGAAAUCAGAGAAAGUUCUUCUAGGAAUGCUUCCAGUGGUCCGAGUCUCGAAAUCUGCUCUGCUGAGUUGGUGUGAACUCUCUGAAGAAUCGUGUCAUGGUUUGACAUCCUCAGUUCUCAAGAAUGCUUCCUCAAACCUCACAGACCUGGACCUGAGUCACAAUGAUCUACUGGAUUCAGGUGUGGAGCAACUAGCUGAAGGACUGAAGAGUCGACACUGCAAACUGGAGGCACUGAUCUUAUCAGGUUGCCAGGUGACUGAGAAAGGCUGUGAUUUUCUGGCAUCAGCACUCAAAUCUAACAAAGCCUCCAACUUGAAGAAACUUGAUCUGAGCUACAACCAUCCAGGAGAAAAUGGGAUGAGAGUACUCAAUGACGUUGCUGCUGACUCUCAUUGGAAGCUUGAGACAAUACGGUUUGACCACGACGGGCCACAUCGGUUAAAGCCCGGGCUGAAGAAAUAUGGUGCAGAUCUCAAACACUGCAAGCAAAAGACUUGUUCUGCUGGAAAAUGACAGAAAAGUGAGAACUACAACGGUGGAGGAGAGAGUUGCACAACCUACAACUGAAGAAAGGUUUAAGAGGACCCAGGUGUUUUGUGAUAAGGGCCUGAAAUUUCUCUGCUACUGGGAAGUGGAAUGGAAAGGCCAUGUUGGAGUUGCUGUGGCGUCUGAAGAUGUAGGUAGAAAAUGGGACAGUAGUAGUGGCUUCGGAUGUAAUGAGAAGUCCUGGAGUCUGCUCUGCUCUAAAACUGGAGGCACUGCCAUUCAUGGGAAAGAAAAACACAAACUUACCAUUAAACCUUCCCAAAAAAUAGCAGUGUUUCUUGACUGGGAAGGUGGAACUCUGAGUUUCUAUAAUGUUAUAUCGGAGGAGCUGAACCUCAUCCACACUUUCAGAGCAAAAUACACAGAUGAGCUCUUCCCAAGUUUCUGGUUUCAGAAGGGUUCUGUGAGCUUGUGUGACAUUUGAACAGCUCAAAAUGAGAUGAAGUCUGAAUUUGCUUCAGGGAUUACCACAGAAUGCUCUACCACACAUGUGAAUAUUUAUUUUUAAACCAUAAUUGGUUGGUAUGGUUAUUUUUAUCAUUACAUUUAUAUUUUUGUACAUAUCAAGAUAAUCACGAGUUCCUUUUUGCACUUGUAUGAGCCUUAAAGUAAAUAAGGAGAGGUUUGAUUGUAUUUGUUAAUGUUCAAAAGGUUGUUUGUUUAUUUUUGAUGUGAUCUUGUUAUGUGGGUCAAUCAAGUGGGAAUGGAAAUCCUUUAAAGCCCUCAUCAGUUCCACCUGGUGAAGAAGCGACUCUCAGUGAGAUGGAGCUUUGCACUAUUUGUUGACCGCUUAACAGAUCGCUGAGAAUCAAGUGAAUUCAGGAUGCUUCUGUUGACAAUGUGAAUGAUAAAAUACAGAAGUUCAAGUAUUAAAAUUAAUUCACUAAGAACCAAAGGAUCUCAGUCGGUUAUUGUUCAGCGCCUCAAUACUGGACCCUAUCUCAAACAGAGCGGCGACUGGGUUACGCUUCCGGGAGCCGCUGGAACAGCACUUAACAGAUCCAUGAAACAUCUAACCUUAACCGUGGGAUCGAUUUAUAACAUUACUAUCAGUUCAAUUCAUUCAGCAAAUCUGGACUGACCAAAUAAAACCUGCUUGUUGUAUACGUUUGAUUUAUCAGUCACUUUUAUUUUAGACAUUUAUGGCUGCACUGAAAGAUACUGGAAUACUUUUAUGAAUGUUAUAUUUUUGAUGAACAUCUAGAGAACCGUUUAAGGGAAUACCAUGAAUUUGUUUUUUUGUCACAUUUGUAUCAACGGGAUCUUUAAUCCUGGUUUUCAUUUCAGUUGUUUUUGAAUGUUUGAUGUUAAAAAGACCCAGUAAUGACAUUGUUUAAGAUUUAUUGUCCAGGUGAGAAACUUUAUUUACAGUUUGUUAAAAUAUGACAUAAUGUAGCACGUAAGUUACCUAUGUCCUCAUACUGUACCACACGCACUAGCUAUGCUUAUAAACACAAACCCGCUACCAUUAAAUCAGAAUUCCUCAUGUGUAUUAUUUAAUCCGUAUGAACAGUGUGAAUAUGAAUUAAUGAGGUGUACUGAAAUGAUGAAUAAAACUUCGUUAGUUGUCACACA